AUGCAUUCGCCGAACGUGGAAGGGCAAUCCUGGGAGAACGUUGAAGAGACUCGCUCGACUCCGAGCAGCAUGAAGAUUUUGUUAAGGGAGUGUCGAGGAGUCGGAGUAACCUUUCUCAUCCCUACGAAGGCCCAAAGACUGUGGUCCCCUCCGGUGGGAUUCCAAUGCGUAUACGAGUCGUAUUUUCAGGAUGAAACGAGUCUCUGGUUUCGGCUCCCUCGACUCAUUGCUUCCUAUGCGAGAUGUUGCGACGCAGCGAUUUCUCAGUUUUUAAACGGUUCGCUCCUUCUCGCGGUUGCACUGAUGGUGAUGGCCGCGGAGAUCGAUGUGUCGAAGAGCGUCCGAGCUUUUGAAGAGUUGACGUACCUCAAGUCAAAGGGAGACGGAUUAUUCUCAAUCCAGAUGAGGCCGAACUACAACGUGGUUGCUGGGCAUCCCAACAAGACGCAGUUGUGGCAGCGCUUCCAUUUCUUCGUCAAGUCAGACGAAUUCGCCUUCGAAGACCCGCCCGUUGAUCACCCGGACACAGCUGCGUACCCUGAAGAGUUCAUAGCGAACGCUCGCGCCGUCCCAUCGCUGGGCGAUUUGUCGGGUAACAAGCCGACGGGGACUUCUGGUGGGGCGACUCGUAAAAAGACUUCACCUGCUAGUACUCAGCCAGCAUCGGUCCCUGAUCCCGUCGACGUCGAGCCUUCGAGUGAAGACUCGGCGCCAGAAACUGGCGAACCGGCGAAGUCCAAGAAGAAAGGAAAGAAGAGAUCUGCUCCUGGUCCGUCUGUCGUGGCAACUCAAGAGGGCUCAUCGGAGGCCGCUACUGAUACCGAUGAUGGGUUGAGCGGUUCUCCGGUCGUUCCUUGGGAAAAGAAUAGGAGGAAAGCAUCUAUCGAGCAGGACGCGCCGGCCUCUAGCGAACAAGACCACUCUAAGGUGACUGAGGAGAGAGAUGGAGCGGGGGUUCCUCGACCGGUCGCAGCUGACACUCUUCGCAUCGCGCCUCCGGCGACUGGGGGCAGUUCCGCUUGGAAGAGGCCUCACGUUGAAUUUCCUGAUCACGUGGAAUUCAAGUAUGAUGGCGAUACGCCGCUCUCUUACGCCUCUAAGGAAUGUGCUGAGUUAGUCCGUCAGAUCCGAGGUGGUGCGAACGAUAUACCAUCGGUUAAGGAUCUGAGUUUUUGGGAGCGUUACAUCGAUGCAGCGAGGACCAAGAGUGACGAAAGCAUGAACUACAUCAUCGAGAAGUAUGACGCUGUCUUAAAAGAGAGUCUCGCUAAGCUGAAGAAAGCUGAGAAGCUCGCACGGGCGAAGGACGCAGCCCUUACCCAAAAAACGGGUGAGUUUAAGAAGUUCGAUGACGAGGCUGCUGUGGAGAAAGAUAUAUUGCUGGAAGAGAAGACGACUCAGAAGGUGAAGUUCCUGGAGAAGUUCGGGGAGUUGAAUGACAAGUUCAAGCCGUCUCGUGAAAAGAAUAAGGGACUCGAGCGAGAGAAAGCCGUUCUGGAGAAUGAGAAGCCUGCUUUGGAGGAAGAGCAGAAAACCGCGUCUCUCAGACACGUUCGUGAGAUCAAUCGGCUCAAGGACUUUUGGAAUUUUGAAGUUACUCAUGAGCGAGUGAAGGUCCAGACUACAAUGAUUGCAAAAUGCAACCGCCGAUUCAACCACAUCCGUAGUCGGGAAGCUCAUCGCGAGGACUUCGACAAUGCUCACCUUCUCUACAGCCAAGCGUUCGGUACGCGGAAGUGUCUUGAGUCGCUGAAGGCAAAUGGUCGUGACAUUCCUCAAGAAGUCAUCUGUGGGGAAGUUGGAGCGGCCUCAGCUAAGGGAGACUUGGUCGAAAAGGCGAAGGAUCCGAAACUAACAGACGCAUAUACAGACAGAAGUUCGCUGGGGUUGGAACCGGUUGCGAUCAAAGAAGUGCUUCCUGCUGAAGGACCGGUUGAAGAAACGAGCGUCGAACCGUCGGGCAAAGGGCCGCUGGGAUCGGAGCCAGUCGAGACCGAAGGGGCGCUUCUCACUGAAGAGCAGACCCAAGAGCCGAAUAUCAUCCUGUCGGCAUCCCACACGGAGGAUUGA